AUGUCUGAGGGGUAUUAUAUUUCGAAGAAGACUGAUGAUAUCUGCGAGGAUGUUUGUGGAGAGCAGGGAACACCUGCGGCACUGAACAUGUCGAGACUGAGGUGUAUUUUGCGAGGAUUGGACUUCAAGACUUACGUGUUCAUGUUUAUUAUCAUCCCAGUAGGUGUAUUUUUAAUCUAUAUGCACGGCCAGAAAAUCAGUUACUUUUUUAGACCACUGUGGGAAUCUCCGCCGAAGCCGUUUCAUGAAAUCCCUCACUAUUAUCACGAGAAUGUGUCAAUGGAGUCUCUUUGUAAACUUCAUGGGUGGGGAAUUCGCGAAUCACCGAGGCGUGUCUUUGACGCUGUUUUGUUUAGCAAUGAAGUUGAAAUGCUUACUAUCCGAUGGAAAGAAAUGUAUCCUUACGUUUCACAGUAUGUGCUUCUUGAAUCAAACUCAACGUUUACUGGAUUCGUCAAACCGUUGGUUUACGCAGGCAAUAGGGACAAGUUCAAGUUUGUUGAGCCUCGUCUGACAUAUGGCGUUAUUGGUGGGAGGUUCAAGAAAAAGGAAAAUCCGUUCAUUGAGGAGGCGUAUCAAAGAGUUGCAUUGGAUCAGCUUCUGAGGAUAGCAGGCAUUGAAGAUGAUGAUCUUUUGAUAAUGUCUGAUGUUGAUGAGAUUCCUAGUGCACACACAGUUAAUCUCUUGAGAUGGUGCGACGAAAUCCCUCCGGUUCUUCAUCUUCAACUGAGGAAUUACUUGUACUCUUUCGAGUUUUUUCUUGACAACAAAAGUUGGAGAGCGUCAAUCCACAGAUACCAGGCCGACAAGACGAGGUAUGCACACUAUAGACAGUCUGAUCUACUGCUAUCGGAUGCUGGCUGGCAUUGUAGCUUCUGUUUCCGCCAUAUCAGUGAGUUUGUUUUUAAGAUGAAAGCUUACAGCCACUACGAUCGGGUGAGGUUCCCUCGUUACUUGAACCCUGAACGGAUCCAGAAUGUGAUAUGCAAAGGUGCUGACUUAUUUGACAUGCUUCCUGAAGAGUAUACAUUUAAGGAGAUCAUUGGAAAACUUGGACCGAUUCCUCAUUCUUAUUCUGCAGUGCAUCUUCCUUCGUAUUUAUUAAACAACGCAGAUAGAUACAAAUACUUGUUACCUGGUAACUGCAGAAGAGAAAGUGGCUGA